GAGCUGGCUCCUGAGGUCGGAAUGGCUGUAGUUACUCAGGCCCAGCGUGGCCACAUGCUUGAUGCAGAAAUCAGAGGAGAAAGCCAGAACUCGUAACCUCACUCUGGGUUGAAGAAACACCCUUCUCUCCCUUUUCCCUAAAUCAUUAUGUGUCUCCUGGACACCUACUGUGUGCCUAGCUCUGUGCUAGAUAUUUUAGAAAAACGAACCAUGUUAGCAGGUCUCUGUAUCCUGGAGCUCACACCCCCUUUGUUUAUUUGCCUGUUACCCAUCCAUUGAACAGGCUUUGACUGACUGCUGACUAUGUGCUUCUCACGGAGGGUGACAGAGGCCUUGCACGUGUGCUCAGAUGACGUCACAUGUGGCAGGAGCUGAGCUUCAACAACAGUGAUGAUGGUGAAAACAGUACUGAGCAUUUGCCCCAAAUUCAUUAAGCAUGUGUCAAGAAUACACGCUUAAUAAAUGCUGGGCAAAUGCACCUCACCAUAUUGACAGCCUCUGGGGCACUUCCACACCCUGUCAUGCUGGCUCGUGUCCUAGGUGACAGAGGCCGUUAUGCGCACAGAGCCUGGCACACAGCAUCACGGCCGCUCGUUAGCCCCCUCCCGAAGGGCCUCGCCCGCGGCAGGGUUACAGGUGGGCACAGACACCCGUGUGGUCAUGGGACCCCAGGAGGCUGUGUCUCUGACUCUGUGUGUGAGGUGGCAGUGGCUGGUGGACCUCCGAGAAGAGGCUGCGUUGGAGCUAAGCCAGGAGGAAAUGAAGGGGCCUGUCUCUCGUGCCAGGGCAUUCAGACCACGGAGCUGGAGGCAGAGGCGCAGGCGCAGGGCUGUGCUUGUGCCUCAGUGAGCGGGGCUCCUUUGAGGCUCUGGGGGGAACCUGAGCUAACGAUGAAGAGGCCUGCGUACCCCACAAGCACAGACCUUGAACUGACCCCCAGGUCACAGGGAGCCAUGAAGGAGGGUGAGAGGCUCGGGGAGGGGGGGUCUGUGUGGGAAACGGAGGGAAAGAGUGUGUCUGUAGGCAGGAAAUUCAGGCAAUGACAUUGACAGCAAGACAAUGACGAUGCCAGCUUCCACUGCCUCGAUGCUGGCCCCCUGCCCCCAUGUACUGUCACUGCCUUCCCAGCAGACCUGAGAGUGCAGGGGAGGCACGGACAUGUCCCCACUCAUGUAGCCACAAGUGGACGCAGAGGAGUGUGGCUUCCUGAGAGCCCCUGAACCACUGAGCUGUCUGUGGGCCUGGGGCCUGAGCCCAAGGCCACCUGUGAGCCACUGCCGUGCUGCUGCACCUGGUCCCCGCACCCAUCCAGGUGAGAACUCAGGUAGCCAAUGGAUCUGUCAGAUGUAUCUCAUCAGGAGCCAACAGGUGACCUUCCUCCGUAGGCACCGGGCCCCAAGCUGUAGGGACACCACCCCCGGUUUGCAGUGAUGGUGGUGCCCAGGUUUUAUUUGACCAAAAGCCACCAAAUUAGCUGAGUGCUGCAGGGGUGUGGUUGGGCGACAGGGAGAAAAUGGAGGGUGGGGGUGGGCGUCAGCCUACUCUGUGGUUUGCCCAAGGGCUGGCCUGGUGCUUGGAGUGGGAGAAACAGCUCCCUUCCUAACCAACAUCCCUAGAAGGUGCGCUCACAGCCCACAGAGCUCUUAGAGGCGGCCAUCACCACCUAGUGGCCAAACAUACAGGCGCUCACGCACACAGCCACAGUUGCAUUCUUCUUCAGGUGACUUAAGACAAUUUGCAAGCAUAGAGCUCUACAGCAGUGGACCAAAGCGUGUCUAUCUUUACUUCAUGUGAGUCAUAUAGACAUUUAUUAGCACCUACUAUGUGCCAUCCACUGUGUUGUGUUGGGAAUGCAAAGGUGGCGGAGACCUCAGGACUAGAAGCCUCCUGUGGAACAGAUUGUUCACACAGUGGGCAGACGCUGCCAGUGGGGUCAGGGCUAGGCCAGGGGGGUGACAGGCAGGGCUGCCCGAGGACGGGGACGUGAAGAAGUGGAACUGCCGGGCGGCAGGUAGCGCACAACCGUGCAGAGCCCGGGGCAAGCGUGGAUGUGGCGGUAGCACCACGGGCGUUUCUGGUCUACUCUGGCUGCAGUGCGGACGCUGUGAAGCCGGUUGUGGGUGGCCGGGCUGGAACGGUGAGUUGGAGCAGGUGACAGGAUCCCUGCCAGCCGUGUGGCCUGAUAGGAAAGGGCCAGGCGUGCUCUCCACAGUGAAUGGAAAGGUUCCAAUAAACUCAACCAUGUCCAUUCACACAGAAAAAAGCUUCAGCACAUGCUCAGUAUCUACCAGAAAGCAGUUGACCAUUUUCUUUAAAAAUACAGAAAUGUAGGGUUUCCUGUCAUGCAAAAAAUUCUCCCUGGUUGGCCCCCCAUAGACAUCUGGGAAACCCUGAAUUGUCGGAUGGUCUUUCCUUGAGCCGCACCCUCCUAACAGGAAAUGCUACAAAUAAGUCACUGGCUACCGAUUGGGGCAGGCUGAGUUUUGCUUCUCUUGUUUACUUGUUUUUUCCUAAUCUCCUUGCCAGAGGGUUUUUAAAUUAUUUUAUUUAAGCCCCAAACCAUCGUGUUGAGGUGGUUCAAGAGGGUGACCCCAUUGAUCGGGACACCACAUGCCUUCUCAGUGGGUCCUUGUUUUGAUCUGAAGAUGUAGGCUUUAUCGGCCCUGUUUCCUAGCUGAGGAAACUGGCCCUGUGAUCACCGAGACCUCUUCCUCCCUGGCCAGCCACAGUCCCUCGCACUAUUGCUGUUCACCAUGAAGUCUAGAGGGCAACUCACAGCUUUGAUUAUGUAGAGCCCGCCCAGGUCCCCAGGGAGCGAGCAACAAAACAGCUAGAGGCAACUCCUUUGAGAAGCAUCUAUGUCCCUUUCUAAUUUUAGAAUUUCUCAAACUUCAAUGUGCAUAUGACUCACCCGGAGGCCUUGAUGAGAUGCAGGUCCUGAUUUGGUCUGGCGUGGGACAGAGAUUCUGCCUUUCUAAGGUGUUUCCAGGAGAUAUGGUACACCUGGAACUUCUGAACCACAGCUGGAAUAGUAGCUAAACUCUGAAAACCCACUAGGGGGCACCCUUCCCGCCUGCACUGGGCCUAAAUCACCUCCUCGUUCGCAUGAAGGGCUGCGAUUGGUCUUGCCAGAGAAUCCCCUCCACUCCCAUCAUCUCUGAUUGCACAGGCUCAACAUCCGUGAGAGGUGGAAAGUCCUCUUGGCACUUAAUUAGGAGCUUCCUUAGCCUUAUCUGGAGCUAUUUCUAUAAUCAACUAGGAGGGGAAAUAGUUGUCCCAAAGACAUAUUUCACUAAUAGCUUUUCUUUUUCUCCUUUUCACUCUGGUGGCUGAGCUCAGAAAUCAUGUUAUAUUGGAGGGGGAGAGCUGUGGGUGACAGGAGAAGAAGCCCAGUGAGGGAAGCCCAGUUAUGGAAACAUGGGGUACCUCUCACUGAUGCAAAGUUACUGAUUCAGCCAAUAAAGGGUUACCGAAUUUCUACUAUCCAUCACCCACAGUGCAGGUGGUGGGACUAUGGAGGAGGCCAAAGCUCAGCGUGCAAGGAGGGAUGUGGAAAGUCAAACAAGCUACGUACGAUGUUGAACCACCCAGAGAAGAUAGCCGAGCAGAUAAGUAAGGACCUUGCCUGGCUCGCCUCCCACCUCAUGGCUCUGUGGACCCAGUUCCUAGACGCGGUGACUCUCCACUCCCAGGUGACCAGCUAUCUCACACAGGAGCACCACACCUUGAGGGUCCGAAGGUUUUCCGAGGCCUUCUUUUACAUGGAGCACCAAAAACUUGCAGUCCUGACCUUCCAGGAAAACCUAAUACAGACCCACAGCCAGCUGUCUGUGGAUGUCCGGGACUCGGAGUACCUCACCACCAUGCCCCCGCUGCCCGCGGAGUGCCUGGACAUCGACGGCGACUGGAGUACCCUGCCCGUUAUCUUUGAGGACAGAUACGUGGACUGCCCUGCGACAGGGCAUAAUUUGAGUGUUUACCCUAACUUUGAUGUCCCAGCAACAAGUCCCACAAAACUGAGUCUAAAACACAGGGAAGAGAACCAGGUUGUAAAUAGAAAAUCGCCUUUAAGGGAAUGCCUCGUCUUGCCCGCCAUGAAACCGUCCCAAACGGACUCUGAUGAAGAGGUGAUGAGGUGUCCGGAACCGGAUGAGAAUGUAACCAAGGCAAAUCCCGUGGACGUGUGUUCUGAAUCUCAGGUGUAUCUGACAAUUGGGGAAUUCCAGAACAAAGAAGGUGUGCCUGAAGAUGAAUGUUGGCCUGGCCAAGGGCCUGAUGUCAGGACGCACCCCCUGACAGAUGAGGACCUGCCCAGGAGUCCAGGCCCAGAGGAUGCACUCACCUACAUGGAUGUGAAGUCCGGCACUAAGCGCCCCCGCAGAGCUGAACCCACAGCGGCCCCUGGUGCUCAGCAUGGGGGCUUUCGGGACAACUGUGAAGUAGACAGAACUCUGCUAAGUGAAGGGGAGGCAAGUGGGAGUCGUCCAUAUGCUAUCUCUUCAGAGAAAACAGCGCCCCACGAGGUAAGGACUGUAGAGAAGGGAGUUGACCGAGACGGAAGGACGCUGCUAAGCCUCAAGCUCCCCGCCAGUGAGCCCGGCGACCCACUAAACGCUGCAUGGAGGGACUCCCUGGAUGUCAGGGCUUCCCCCAAGGACCCGCCCACAGAGGAGCAGGAGGAAGUGUCAGUGGUUUCUGCGGAAAUCAAGCGGUCUUCUUCCCUCGUCUCUGACUCAGGCAUUGAGAGUGAGCCCAGCUCCGUGGCCUGGUCCGAGGCCCGAAGCAGGGCCCUGGAGCUGCCCAGUGACCGGGAAGCCUUGCACCAGCUGGUGCGGAGACAGGCCCUGCACAGGAACUCCUUGGAGGGCGGCCGCACGGAGAGCAACACGAGCUUGCCAAGUGGCAUCCAGGCGUCCCUCACCUCCAUCAGCUCUUUGCCUUUUGAGGAGGAGGAGCGGGAGCUGGCACUCACCAAACUGACCAAGUCCGUGUCUGCACCCCAGAUCAGCAGCCCAGAGGAGCCCGCUGCAGACACGGCUGCUGGACGGCAAGGGGGAGGUUUUACGGAAGCUCCAGCUGUGCGCCUCCAGAGCGGAGAGCCUCCAGGACGGGGCGUUCAACUUGGCGGUGGCUCCAGCACCCAGGACGCUGAGGCGGCCCAUCGUCUCGUGGAGGUGGCUUUGGAUGCUGCCCCCCAGCAGGGCCCUGGUUACAUGGACAUCCCCAAAGGGAACAAGAGCCACUUUGACCCCCAAGGACCCUGCUGCCUUGACGGCAGGACCGAGAACCCUCCAGGUGUUGAAGCCAAAGAUCUUAACUUACAAGGGCCAUAUGUCGCAGCCCUUGAAAACCCGAGGGACAGAGCUUUUCCUGGAGCACGAAUGGAGCCCCCAAAGAGCAUGUUUGCAGACCUGAAGGCGGGGAAAGGAGCUCUUUCCAACAGCGACAGCUCAGAUGCUGAGAGCCCCACUUGUCACACAGUGCCUGGGUCGAGUCGUACAUCAGCUAUUGAUGCCACCAACCCGGAUUCAGCCGGUGAGCGAAGCAGCUCCCCUUUCAUCAGUGACGACAGAGCUUCGAGUGGAACAGCGAGCACCUUCCUGGAGGCUGGACACGAAGCAGGCACUGUGACUCACUCCACUGACUUCCAAGUUCAGAGGAACCAAGAGCCAAGGGCAGGCGCUUCCAUCAUGGUGUCCCACCUGACCCCUGCAGAGACCUUCACUCUGGACAGCCUGACGGCCGUGGAGGUCGUCAACCUGUCUGUGUCUUGCACUGCCACCUGCCUCCCUUUCUCCUCUGUGCCCAAGGAGACCCCUGCCAGGGCUGUAUUCUCCUCCAGACAGACCCCUGUUCCCAUCACUCAUCAACCUGUGGGUUCCUUUGGGGUCGUGUCUACUCACUCCAGCAACUUGCGGGAUGAAGUCAGCGAGAGGAUGUUUAGUUUUUAUCAGGCCAAAGAAAAAUUUAAAAAAGAGCUGAAGAUUGAUGGAUUUCUGUACAGUGACUUGUCCGUACUAGCUUCUGAUAUACCGUAUUUCCCACCAGAGGAAGAGGAAGAAAAUUUGGAAGAGGGGAUUCACCUGGUGGUCUGCGUUCACGGCCUGGACGGGAACAGUGCAGACCUCCGGCUGGUAAAGACUUUCAUAGAACUGGGGCUUCCUGGAGGCAAACUGGACUUCCUCAUGUCUGAAAAGAACCAGAUGGACACAUUUGCAGACUUUGACACCAUGACGGAUCGGCUAUUGGAUGAAAUCAUUCAGCACAUCCAGCUGUACAACCUGUCCAUAUCCCGGAUAAGCUUCAUCGGCCAUUCCCUCGGUAACAUCAUCAUCCGAUCGGUCCUGACGAGGCCCCGGUUCCGGUAUUACCUCAACAAACUCCACACGUUCCUGUCGCUGUCGGGGCCUCACCUGGGGACCCUGUACAACAAUAGCACCCUGGUUAGUACAGGCUUGUGGCUCAUGCAGAAGUUGAAGAAGUCGGGGUCCCUCCUGCAGCUGGCCUUCAGGGACAACACUGAUCUGCGCAAGUGUUUCCUCUACCAACUCAGCCAAAAGACAGGUCUGCAGUAUUUUAAAAACGUCGUGCUGGUGGCUUCUCCCCAAGACCGCUAUGUGCCAUUCCAUUCAGCCAGGAUCGAAAUGUGCAAAACUGCCCUCAAAGACAGACACACGGGGCCCAUCUAUGCGGAAAUGAUCAACAACCUCCUCAGCCCCCUGGUCGAAGCCAAGGGCUGCACUCUGAUCCGACACAACGUAUUCCAUGCCUUGCCCAACACUGCCAACACCCUGAUUGGCCGAGCAGCCCACAUCGCCGUGCUGGACUCGGAACUCUUCCUGGAGAAGUUCUUCCUGGUGGCGGGACUCAACUACUUCAAGUAGCGGCCUUGAGGGAGCUGGCAUUGGGGAAAUCGCCAGGAACGCUGACGACCUGGGAGCGUUUGAGCUGAGACAUCCUUUUGUGGACCUCUGCCAUUCCGGAGUGGAGCCCAUAGGGACAGAGGGUGGGGUAGGACCGGACUUUCGAGGUGCUUCCAAUUUGGAGAUUUGGGGAAAGCUGAACCCGUCAUGUUAAAGACAACCGACUUGGUCCGAACCUGUCUCACCACCGGAGUCUCCUUCAAGAUGCUUUGUAGGGAAAAGAGGCGAAAAUAAAGAAACGAUACUUGGCGUGGGGGAGCCCACCUUUUUAACCACCACUGGCUCACGGUUUAACUAGAGGUGUCCAGUAUGUUACUAGCUCAUAGCUUUAUCAUUUUCGAUUAAAUUAAGUGCACACAAGCAUUUCAGAACUCAGGUUAACCUCUGUGCAGAGUGAACACAUUUGUGUAAAUAUAAAUCUUAAUAGAUUCAAUGUGCCACUUGUUCCAGAAAAUGUGAUGUCCAUGCUCUCACUCUCUCCUCAUGUUUUCUCGACAAGGGGCAAAGGAAUGCCCUGUAAACUCCACUUUUAUUUCCUAACAGCAGGGGGCGAUGUAAGUUGGGGCGGGGCAUAGACGUGAUGCUGUGGGUGCAAGUUCGUUACAAAGAAAACUAACUAGAAAAAGAACAUGGAGAUUGAGUUGGGCCAUCCACUUCUCCAGACUUUUUCUGUGCAUGGCCUUGGUCCGUCGAUGACUUGAGGGGAUUGCUUAAACCUCUGUCUGUGGGAGGGAAAGCUGGCUUAAACUAAAGCUAGCAGACGGGGGCGGAGGGGGGGCACUGAGAUUAAUGCACAUAUGUGUGAAGCUCCGGCUGGUGUACUUCCAAAGAAAUACCAUGUGAGCAUUUGAUGCAAUUGCAAAAAAAUUAAAACCAUUAGCGUAGCCAGCUGCUGCUCCUCUCCGUGGAAGGAGAAAAAACAUCUCAGUGGAGGAGUGCUGGAUAAAAAACCUCAGGGGAGCUCUAAGAAGGGUGCUGGUUAUCUUCCAAUAGACAUGUCUUCUUGCCUUAGGGAAACAAAGGGCUAGGAAAGGCCACCAUUGAGGAAACUCAAGAGUGAGGUCAGAGAGGAGAGCAACAGCCAAAGGGAAGACGCAAGUUGUUGUUGGUAUGUGGUUAAGCGGAAGUUUUGAAACUUACCAGGGUGUUUCAUAUGGUCCCAGAGAUGGAGUCCGCUCUGUGGGCUACAGGAGGCCCAGAGACUCACUUAGCUGUGUUAAAGGAACACGUCAGCCGGGAUGGCGGGGAUGAUAAGAUGGGAGACCCGUCUUCUGCACGUGAAAGCUCCCGCUUCUGGAAAAUUCCCUUUUAAAGUGUGGAAACUCACCUGGGACCAGAUUCCUGGUCCCGGCCCCAGGACCAGGCCCCUAGGUCACCGACACCAUGGUAACAAAACCAAGGAAAUCUUGGCUCAUCUGAGAAUUUUAUUUCUUUGCAUAUUAACAGUAUGGCUUUGGAAAACAAACCAGGCCAUGGGAGACACGUCCAGGUCGGCAACUUUGCAGAACAGACGUGUGGAUUUCUUGAGACAGAAAAAAGGGGGCGGGGGUGGUGGGGCUGGACGCUCUACAAAGGCAGACUUCCACACAAUGGAUUUAGAGUUUCUCCGUGGGUCUUCCUCGAAGUUUCAUUGCAUCCUAGCCUCAGCACAGAGGGCACCCGGAAGUCCUCUGGGCACUUUCCCACUGGGUAGUUUUCCAAGUUCCAAAUGGGCUUAGAUAAACUAUGUCACUCAUGAGCAGUGCCGACCCAGGAGGAAUUUGGUCCCUGCCGACCAGCCUGUGAUGUGGUUUUCCUGGCGAGUGGCCAGGCUCAGGAGCCUGUAGCGACGCCUCCUUCCGGGCCCCCUAAGGAGCCCUGCCUGUCUGAUGAGUGCAUUUUGUUUUGUUUCCACUUCCCAUCAGCAAAGUUUGUCAUUCCCUGGUCCUUUGAGAGACUGUGUCGCCGGCAGUUAUGGAGCUAGGGUGAGUCUGAUGACCAUUGUCUUUUCCAAAAGCCAGGUGCCAUUUUUAACUUUAAUAUGCUGCCUGGACAUAGUGAGAACUCAUGGCAAUAAAUGUCCAGCUGCAUGGUGCACCUCUUUUUUUUAUAGGGGUGCUCUGCUGUCUUUGUAACCCUCUCUGGCCUCUUAGCUUCUAUUAUAAUUGUGUAGAAAGGACAUCUCAGUUGUAAAUAAGAGUGUCAAGUGCCGUGUUAUCAUGCCUCAUUCGAAAAGGCUUUUUUAUGUGUCUUUUUAUUGAGUAUAGAUAUCAAAGAUAUAUAGAUAUAUAUAUUAUAUAUAUACACAUACAAAGUAUAUAUAAUAUAAAACAGGGACAUUCUGUUAUUAAUGAUGCAAAUUAUAAACAAAAUGCCUGCCAAGAUAAUGGUCUAGUAUGUCUUCAUUCUUGGCAUCAUUUUUGUUUUUUGUUUUUAUGAUUUGCUAAGUUCCUCAGAACUAGUUAGAAAUCAAAAUGACCUAUACUGAGAUUAAUUGGAAUUUGUCAUUCAGAGAAGCCGAUGUGAACCUAAAGUUACCCUGGGGCAGACUGAUUACCUCAAUGGUCAGGUGGAAAGCAGCUGGGUGCUCGGACCCUGGGGAGAAGGCGGAGUAACUCACUCCUUUCUUGUUCCUUAUCACGAUGUCUUCAUCUGUGUCCUUGUGGGUCUCCCGCAUAUGAAUCUAUGUCCUGGAGAGCAAGAACCAUGUCUAAGUUAUCACUGUACCCCUAUUGCUCUACCCAUUGCCUGGCAUAGAGUUGGGGUUCAGUAAGUGUUCGCUGAGAAGGGCCUGUUUGUCGUUGGAAGCUCACGCUGUCUUCUUUAGCCCGCAGCCAAUCCACAGCAGCUGAUUCUCUUACAGGAAUGGUUUGACUUUGGCUUAUGUUGAUCCUCUAAGCUGCUGAACUUGUAAGAGGAAAGUAGUUUCAAGAGAUAAGACAUCAUAGUGGUCCUUUUCUCUAAUGGAAAGAGCCACCUAUAUCUCUGGGGCAUGCUUCCAAGACGAGGAGGCGGGGGAGUGGGUUAAGUUUUCUUGUCUCUAUAAUAGAUUUGAAAGUAUCUACUUUGACAGGUAGUUGGGAGGAUGGAUGAGAAGGGAAGAGCCAAGUGUCUGGGACAGUGCCUGCUUAGAGGAGGUGCUUUAAACUUUGGGGAGGUACCGUAGGAAUAUUCUAUAACAAAAGGUUAGCUAUAGGAGAUUUUCUUGAUGAUUAGUUAAGAAAAUGUUACAUGGCCUCAAAGAAAUUCCUACAUGAUGGCUUGAGGGAGGUCACCUUUUUGAAACUUUAGGCUCAAGCUUCCUGCACUCACAGCAUUUUAUUACGAUUCCAGGAGCCUCCAAACUGGCAUUUUUCUAGCUCAAUUCAGUGCAUGACUGGAUGAUCUACAUAGUAAAACUAUUUCCCUGCUCAGGGUACACUGUAAGCCAUUGCUGAGACUUAGGGACAGACUGGAACUAGACGAUAUGACAUCUGAGUUAAGGUGUUUGGAAGUCUGAAUUCUGUGUGUCACUCAGCAUCUUUUGAUUGCUACACACUGAAAAGAUUUUAGCCCAACGUUAGAUUUGUUGCAUACGGCAGAAACCCUGCUUUGUCCUUCUUGCUCUGCAGAAGUUGAGUAUAAUUCAGGUACGUCUGACAACCUAUGCAUAUGUCUUUGCUUGUUUUUUAUUCUUUCCUUUAAAGAGAGCACCUCAUUCUGUCCCGUAUCCUGUCUUCUCUGUAUGUAAGUUCAUAUGAAAGUCUGAUUUCACCUUCACAAUGUCUCCGUGACUUACACUUGAAGGUAUUUCUUUUUGAACAGUGAUUAUUUAAGCUCUGCCUGUUUCUGUGCUCAGCAUCAGUGGCUGCAGAAAUUAACCAGACAGGACCCUGCCCGUCCUUCAAGAAUUUACUGUCUAGUGAGGGGAACAGAUGCCCACUUAAGCAGAAGGAUGUCCACGUAGAGAGAAUAAUGAGGCAAGAGAAAAAGGCGGGAAACAUUGAGAAUAUUAUCAUCCCAGCACUCUUAAAAACAAAUCAUACUCCUGGUAUUGGGGUUUUGAGGUCCCAUGAGGGUCUGAAAGCAGAAAACCUGCCCAGGUAAGAUGUCACAGUGAAAUCAGCCAUGUCACUCAGGUAGGACUUCAAAGCUUCUUCGGGGCUACCACCCCCAGGUCAGUGUCAAGUUAGGAAAUUUGCAAAAAGAGAAGCUAAAUAGUGCAUAAUACAGCCCGUCUGUCAAGAAGCGCCUCCUCCUGAGAGGCAUAUGCCCUGUCGGUAGGACAACGUCUUCGAAGGCUCUGUGGUGUAUCUUUCUACUUGUUUUCAAAUUAAUAGACACACGUAGAUGAUCAAAUGAGACACACCGAUAGUGUCCACAAGCACUACCAUGCUCAGACUUGACCAGGAAAACUAGCCUGUGGCUUGUGGUCAUUGAUCACACAGGGCAGGGCUCUGGGAUUGUAUUAUUUUAUUUUAUUUUUAGUUUGGUUGUUUUCAAAUGUGAGUGGCUGCAUUAUGGAAGGGAGGCAGGGUCUUUGGCAUGGUCCCUUUCUCUGAAGAAGGCCUGAAUGUAUAGCUUGAUGCCACUGUGAAUUCCUAACGUGUCUUUAUUGUGGUGACAAUAUCUGUAUACAAUAGUUACAGUCUCCCGCACACCCUUGCAAACUGUAAAGCAUCAGUCAUAACGAAGUUAUUAGUGCCGAUAUAAUUCUACUAUUUUUCUACAUGGGCUCUUUGGUUGGCAUUUUGUGUAGCUCGUGGUGUGUAUAAAUGAAAACAACGACAAUAAAAAUCCCCUGACUUUC